AUGGAAAAAAGGCAGUUCUUUGCCGUAGGAAAAAGGAAAACAUCAAUUGCUCGUAUCUUUAUACAAAGAGGUUCGGGAACAAUAAGUGUCAACAAAAAAAAGACUCUGGAUACCCAACUAAAAAGACCAGAGCUAAUAAAAAAGGCGUUGCUCCCUCUCGCUGUAACAAAGCAAGAUUCAUUAUGGGAUCUUAAAAUUAAUGUUAGUGGAGGGGGUCUCACUGGGCAGGCUGGGGCGAUAUCGCACGGCUUAGCAAGAACUCUUAUAAAAACAGAUCCCGAAUUGCGCCCUGCGCUGAAGAAGAACAACCUUCUCACAAGAGACUCUCGCAUGGUUGAACGUAAGAAGUAUGGAAAAAGGGGAGCGCGUCGCUCAUUCCAAUUCUCUAAACGUUAA